UUCUAUACCCUUUAAGUAGACUCAUUGUUUGAUUUAAUCAACUUUUGUUGUCUGCGAGGUCAGCUUAUUUGUCCAGGUGAAGCCACCUGACAGGUUAAGUACACCCGCGGGGAUUCCAGAUGCUUUUUUUAAUUACUUCAUGGGAACGUAUGCUGUCAUUUGUUGUGUGUACACUUUAGCUGUUCCAUAGAGAUGUGCUGGCUCUGUGUUUGACCUUUCUGACAAAGGUCGCUGCUUUCUGCAAUUUAUGAGGUGAAGCGAGAUUCUGAGGUAUGGAUGAAUUUGAAGACGAGGUUCUUCAGUUUCCACAAACUCCCAAAACCCCCUGGUCCUUCGGCAGACAGACCUCCACCUCGUACCCGAGCAGGUCGGAAAUCACACAUUCGGAACUCGAAAGUCGGAAUCCCUCAGCGUGGAACCCUGAGCGUGGAACGGAAUUGUUGGUUGCGGCAGAGAAGGGAGACUCCGACACGGUCCGUCGCCUACUGGAGACCACUAGUCUAGACGCAGACUUCUGUUCUGAGGAGGACAAACGCACAGCCUUACACAGGGCUGCAGGGUACGGGCACCUUGCUGUGGUGGAGAUACUACUCAAGGCUGAAGGCAACCCCCUGGUCCAGAGUGCAGCUGGUCGGACGGCGCUCCAUGACUCCUGUAUCGGAGGGUUUGACAGGGUGGUCAAGGUACUGGUCAGGUACAUGAAGAGAGGCAGGGCUCUGGACACUCAGGAUAAGGAUGGACAGAGCGCCUGUCACUUGGCUGCCUUCCAUGGAGAACUGGACUGUUUUAACAUACUGGCUGAUAAAGGUGCGGACUGUGGUCUCCAUGACAACCUGAUGAGGACCCCGGGUCACCUGGCCGCCAUGAGGAACCAUCCCAGCAUCCUCCAGUCUCUCUUCUACAAGGGCAUUAACCUACAGGUCACUGACUCCCAGGGGAGGUCACCUAUCCACUAUGCCGCACAGCAUGGGGGUCUGGAAGCUUUAGUGGCCCUGAUCCAGUGUGACUGCCCCACCACGGUUGGUGACAGUUUUGGAUGCAGACCUCACCACUACGCAGCCGCACACAACCACGUCAACUGUCUACGCCUCCUCAUCAAAAAUGGCUGCCAUCCAGAGGGGAGGGAUGGGAGCGGCAGGACACCUGCACACAUGGCUGCCCAGUAUGAUGGCAUGACUUGUCUACACUGGCUACUGGAGAAGGGAAUCAACCCAAACAUUCAGGAUGACCAGGGCUACACCCCGCUGCACUACGCGGGAGAGGCGGGCAGUGCCGAGUGUUUUAACUGCUGUCUGCAGCACGACGCUGAGCUCAGCAUUCGUAACAACCGCGACGAUACGGCCCUGGAUACCGCCAAACUGGCCGGACAUCCCGUAGUCAUCGAGAAAGCAUUGAAGAGUGAGCUGAAAUGCAGACACUGUCUGCACAAGUAUAACUUCCUGGAGUGGGAGAAGGCCAACCAGCCGUCUCAGGUGGAGCGAGGGAUUUCACACGCGGGGGAGUCAGCAUACGUUUCCCCUCUACCUCCUGCACAGAGAGUAGCUAGCCAGUUGGAGAGGAACAGACAAAAACAACAGAAGUUGUCUGCCAAGAAAACCUCGCAGGACAAGAAAGGAACCAAGUCAGAUGUCAAGUUGCCAAGGAGAGACCUGGCUACAAAGUACUACGGAGAACAUGUCGGGGACAUCUAUAAACUCGACUUCUGAUCUGGAAGUCAAACUGCCAAGUUUAAAAAUAAAGAAAGAAAGAAAGAAAGAAGAAAGAAAGAAAGAAAGAAA